CAUAUAUCCAAUUGAAUUAAUUUUUGAUUCUUCUUCAUUUUUUCUAUUUUGAUUACUAGUAAUACAAUACCAUGGAAAAGUUUGGAUUUAACAAGGUUUCAAAUAAGCCAUCAGCUGGGAAUCCUUCGAUCUCCCACUUUCAACCAGUUGCUCAGCCACUGUUCAGAAAGAAGCAACUUCGUAUUGAUAGCUCGUCAGCCAACAUAUAUGCCCUUUCAAACAAGGUCACUGUUAACCCUCAUGAUUUUGCUGACGUUCCUGACAAUGCUAUUGUCUUAUUAGAUGGAUAUUUCGCAUAUCAGAUCGCCAAGACUGAUGCUAUGGCUGUUGGUCUGGUUGGAUUGGCAGCUGAUAUGAGAGCUUGGGGUAAAUGGUCACUUCAACAACCAGUUAUUGUUGAACCAUAUCAAAUCUCCAAUGCUAAUCAGAACUAUCUUGGUUCGGUUGAUAUUUCUAUUGCAUUCAGAAGUAAAAGUAAAGCUAAUUCAAAUCCAAUCAAUCAUGAUGAACUUAUUGAACAUUUCCUUAAUAUUUAUCAAAAUCAAGUAAUUCAACCAACACAACCGAUUGUUAUGGAUUUUAAAGCACAGAUAUUCUCCUUGAAUGUUCUUUCAGUUCAAGCAAUUGAUAUUGCUCUGUCUAGUAAUUCAUUGGCUGAUGUUAAGAUCUCUACUGGGAUUGAAACUAAGGGAAUCCUUAUUAAGCAAACUAUUGUAAACUUUUAUCCUGAAGAAAAUGCAACCAUCAAUAUUUCUAAACCUGCUGGUUCUAAAUCCAAGAAUAUACUGAAUAAACCAAGGGCAAACCCAAUUAUAAACCCAGAUUUUAAAUUGGAAAGUAUGGGUAUUGGUGGGUUAGAUAAAGAAUUCUCACAAAUUUUUAGAAGAGCUUUUGCUUCAAGAAUUAUUUCUCCAGAUUUAGUAGAAAAAUUGGCCUUAAGACAUGUUAAAGGUUUACUCUUAUAUGGACCUCCAGGUACUGGUAAGACUUUGAUUGCCAGACAAAUUGGUAAGAUGUUGAAUGUUAAAGAACCAAAAGUUGUUAAUGGUCCAGAAAUGUUAUCCAAGUAUGUUGGUGCCUCAGAAGAAAACAUUCGUAACUUGUUUAAAGAUGCUGAAACUGAAUAUAAGCAAAAGGGUGAAGCUUCCCAAUUACAUAUUAUUAUUUUUGAUGAAUUAGAUUCUGUUUUCAAACAAAGAGGAUCUGCCAAAUCUGAUGGUACUGGAGUUGGUGAUAAUGUUGUGAAUCAAUUACUUGCGAAGAUGGAUGGUGUUGAUCAAUUAAAUAACAUCUUGAUCAUUGGUAUGACCAAUAGAUUAGAUUUGAUUGAUACAGCAUUGUUAAGACCAGGUAGAUUUGAAAUUCAAAUUGAAAUUUCACUUCCAGAUGAAAAGGGUCGUAAGGAUAUUUUAUUAAUUCAUACAAAGAAAAUGAAAGAAAAUGACUUACUUGCCUCUGACGUUAAUUUUGAUGAAUUGGCUGUAUUGACUAAGAAUUUCACUGGUGCUGAAUUGGAAGGUUUGUGUAACUCUGCCACUUCAUUUGCUAUCAAUAAAUUCACCAAGAGUGAUUCUAUUGCUAAAGUUGAUGAAAACAUUGCCAAAAUGAAAUUAACUAGAAAUGAAUUUUUAUUGGCUUUGAAUGAAGUUAAGCCAGCAUUUGGUGUUAAUGAAGAAGAUUUAACUAAACAUUCACCACAUGGAAUUAUUCAAUUCUCUCCAAGAAUCAAGAGUAUUUUUGACCAAGGACAAUCUUUUAUUGAAGAAGUUAAGACUUCAGAAACUGAACAAUUGAUUUCCAUAUUAUUAUAUGGACCUCCAGGAUCUGGUAAGACUGCUAUUGCCUCCACUCUUGCCUUAAACUCAGACUUCCCAUUCAUUAAAAUGCUUUCUGCUGAAACUUUGGUUGGUAUGUCUGAAGCAGCAAAAAUUCAAGCUAUUGAUACUAUUUUCAGAGACGUUUAUCGUUCUCCAUUAAACAUUCUUGUUAUCGAUAAAAUUGAAACUUUAAUCAACUAUAAUCCAAUCGGUCCAAGAUUCUCUAACGAUAUUUUCCAACAAAUUAAGGUCAAUUUGAGUAGAAAACCACCUGGAGGAAGAAGACUUUUAAUCAUUGGUACUACUUCUCAAUAUACUGCAUUGAAACAUAUGGAUGGUUUAGAUGGGUUUACUAAAACCAUUCCAAUCAAUCAAAUCACUAAACUUGAUGAACUUCGUAAAGUUAUGGAAAAAAUUGGAUUCAUGUCUGAAGGAGAAAGAGCAGAAAUUACUAAACAAUUGGCUGAGGUCUUCUCAAAUUCUGAAUCCAUGCAAGGUAAUGGCUCCAAUCAACUCGCUAUUGGUAUUAAGAAAUUGUUGCAAGUCUUGAUGAAUUCUCAAUAUUUGAAAGCAGACGUCGAUGGAGUUGUCCAAAAUAUCUUGGAAGCUCACAUUCAAUAGUUAAUAAAUAC